GGGAUGCUCAGUGGGCCACGCUCUGAAGCAAGUAAACGGACGUUGGAACACAAGCACGGGACUGCCUGCUGCUUUUAUUCUUCUGGUAGAAAAAAUAAGACUAAAUCUGUUCAGAAUCACCGUGUUCGCUUUUUUUUAAAUCGUGUUUAAGGGAAAGUUGAGUGGAAUACAUCCCGGAACUUUCACGUCGCCAGGAGUUUAAAGAAAGGCAGAUUCAUCAAGAGAAUGAAACCCGAGAAGAAGCAGAAUGGCUGCAAACAAUAAACAGCUGGAGUUAUUCUUGCUUUGAGACAUUUGCCAGUCAACUUUGGAAGGAAACUGUCUAAAGGGGUCUAAAAAACAAGUGCUUGUCAUUUCUGUGGAUCGUACCUGAGAGACUGUCACCAUGCCUAUUCUCAAGCAGCUGGUAAACAAUGACCAGUCAAAACGGAGGUCUCGCACUGACCUGACUGUGGAGAUGAUCAGUGCCCCAUUGGGGGACUUUCGUCACACAAUGCACGUAGGCCGAGGGGGCGAUGCAUUUGGAGACACUUCGUUUCUUAGCACCCGAUCGGGGGAACCUCCCAAGGAAAAGAAAGAUUCACCAAGUCCCAAGCCAGGACUGCUGUCCCGCACCUUCAGAAGCAGCAGAAGCAGCAAGCGCUCUCAGUCAGUAAAUCGAGGGGACAAGUAUGUGAACACAAUGGCAUCAACUGCUGGCUCAUCUCAGGUUGUGAAGACUGCCAUAUCCCUGCCUUACCUAAAUGACGAGAGGUCCAACAGAAGCAGUCAGCUGCCAAAGAGCGUUUCCUCCAGUCCCAUGAAGACACUGACAGAGAUGGAAACCAAGCCGACAAAUGGAGCUGCAGCAAUGGCGACACUGGAUGCGGAGCUUGAGGAGAAAAGUUUUGGUGAGCUUAAAGAUUUGCCUUCGCCGAUGCCUAAAGGAGGUGGGAUGAAGCAUGCAGAGUCUGUGAUGUCAUUCCACAUUGAUUUGGGUCCCUCGAUGCUUGGGGACAUCUUGAGCGUGAUGGAGAAGAAAAGUUGGGAAGAUGAUGACCUUGGAUAUGAGGAAGGCAAAGGUAGCGAGGGCUAUGCAUCUCCCUCCCACAUUCCCCACAUUGAUGAUGAUGAUGCUGAGGAGCAGGCUCCUUCAAGGCCACCUCGCGCCACAUACAAGCACAACGCCACAGUGGAUCCAUACACUCCAGAGCUAAACACCCGGAACAACCACCACCACCACAACAACAUGGAUAGCUGCUCGGUGUCCAGUUCAGGUUCUGAGAAACCUCAGUACCACAUGCACGAUGGUGACACGGACAGUGCAAAGUACAGUUCGCCUCGUGGGGAUGAUGAUUUCACCUUCAUGGAUGAAGAUGAUGAGAUCAGAGUGUAGAUCGCCAUCUCUCUACCACGAACAGGCUUGGAUAAACAAGUUUUGGGGUCUUUCAGGUGGAGUUUACAGUCGGGGUUACAUACUGUCAGUACACAUUGAUCAACACUAUUAGGCCUUUUCUCUGUGCUGCUGUUGGGAGAUAGAGACCCCAUUUUUGUUUGAUGGCAGACACUUUAGCUUAAAAAGGAUCCCUUUCCAUUUUUAGUUAUACAUUUUCUACAAAUCUGAUUAUGUUUGAGCACUUUCUGAAGAGAAAUCAGCCCAGAAAGUCUCUGGCUUUAUAAAUCAGUAAAAAGUGACAGAGGAUGGAUUGUGAGGAUGAGGACAGUGGAUGUGUUGUCAGAUUCUGAGGAGAGUUGAGGUAAAUGGAAUGAAAUGAAAGUGCAGGUUUGUAAUCUUUGUGUGGGGCGUGAUCGUGGAGCUAAUGACAGAAGCUGCAGACAAACGCUGCAGCCAUGUUUAGGUUUAAUGUUCCAUUAUGAUGUUUUAUAUUAUUUGUACAUAAAGUAUCAGGAGGUAAAUCUGCAGUAGCCUACUUUUUGGGAAGACUUGUAUAUUUAAAACUGACACAGCAGUGAUAUUUGUUGUCACAAGUAUGUGAACUAUUUUUGAGUCAUGGAUGGGUGGAACUAGAGAACGAUCCAUCAGCUUUUUUGUAUAGACACACGACACUUAUGUUUCACUGCUGGAGAGAAAAGGUGCAUCUGGCUGGAGGGUAAGAAAUCAUAGAGGCUUUUGGGUAAAGUUGUACAUUUUAGAACAAGGUCAAGUGAUGAUUGUGUUCAGAUUUAUAUUAUUAAGGAGGUUUGUAGCUACGGUAACACUUUUACUGUUAAACCCAAGAGAUUCUGAUUCUGUUAGCCCACAUUUGUCUGUGAGUGCAGAAAGAAGGAUGUAACAAUAUGUACAAGUGUUAUUAAAGUGCAGGAACUUCAUAAAAAGCUAUUACACAUGUCCCCAAGCACUAAAAAUGGAAUAAAUUUGCUGAGCUGGCCCCCCAAGGUGAUAAAAUUGACCUCCUCUACUCAAGUCGGAUCACAUGGUAGGAACAGAUGAUUAAGUCAGCCAAUGGCAUGCCCUUUUCCAGUCUGUUCAUUAAAUGUGUUAGAUUAGUUGCCCCCAACCAGCUGAAACUGCUCCAGGAACAGCAGGACCAGGUACAGGCAGGUGGGCGUUUUGUCUCCGGUUGUGUGUGUUUAGUGUGCUUCACACUACAGCCCAGCCAUAUAUUAGAGAGGCGUACUUUCCUUUACCAUAUCCAUGAGAGAUGUCUGACCUUUUUCUUUUAUUUGGUUAAGAAACUAAUUGUCACAUAUGACAAAUGGGAGCUUUGACUUUUCUGCUGCGACACAGUCAUGUGUGUACAUAGGACCUGGGGUCUGCACCAUUCUGCCUUCAGUUUGUUUAGAUUGUGGAACAAACGAAAGUAGAGUUGCUUCAUAAGUGAAAGUUGUGCAAAGGAAAAUUGCCAAGUACACUUGGUGACUGUUUUGAGGUUAACACUAAACCUAGUACUAUCUUCUGAUGAUCUUGGUUUAUCUACAUCGUGUUGUAUGAGCUGAGCUGAUAAGGGAAAACACUUGUGCUGUUGGCAAACAGACACAAAUACCAGGGUUUAAUAGCAUCAUUUCUAUGGUAACUUAGGUUUUUCUGCAUAUUUUAUAUUAACACAUCAAUGCACCAACACACACUGAUAUGCUCAAAUGAUUUAUCAUCCCAGUGAACAGUCUUACUGUUUGGACUUUUUGGUUGUUUUUUACUUUCACAUUAUUGUUUAGAUAUGCUUUAUGAAUUGUGUGUCUAACCUUUAUUGUAUCUGGGCCAAAUUUUAAGAUGUCUUAUUAAUAAAAUGUGGAAAUAG